AAAUACAUGCAAAGUAUAACCGUGUUAAUCAAGGACUCAAUUACUUUGAUAAAACAUUUAAAAAAUAUUACAAUAACUGACGCUUAAUAUAAUACAAACGGAAAAUACUAGGCUAACUAGACUGAUAAUUCAUUUAAACGAAUAACAUGAAUACAAGCUAUUCGGUAAACGAUCAAAGGUGUUGAAAUAAGGACAUGGAGCUUUUGUGGUGGGUUUCAUAUUUGUUUCUUAUAAAAAACAUGGAAUCAUAUCAUUUUAGAGGUGGCGUUAUAACAUGGAAAUACAUAUACAGCGAAAAUAAGGUGGCCGUAACAUACAAAGUUUCAUACCGUCCUAUUUAUAGCUACCAUGAAUGCACUGAAAAACAAUUGUUGAACGGAAAUCUGAUUGAAGGAGAAGGACACCUGACAUGUUACUCUGGUUGCAACAGUACAUUUCAGAUGUCGUACUUUUGUACUGAUUAUAGUAUCGAUGAGGAUUACACAAUUGGAGAAAGAACAGUCUACAUCCCGUCUAACGAAACUUAUGACAACAUACUGUUUUUUGGGUAUGAAGAAUGUUGUUGGAUAAACCUGGUCGAAAGCGGUAAUUCAAAGGCUAUAUUCAUGCUCACAGAAGCAGAUUUAACUAUUCGCUCGGAUACAGGGAGGAUAAACACGUCACCAAUAUCUGCAAUGCAGCCUGUUGUUAGAGUAAAACAAGGGUGUUCAUACUCAAUUCAUAUUCAAGUUGAUGACGAGGAUGGAGACAUGGUUAAAUGCAGAUGGGCGAACGAUGAUAUAGUAAAUGAAUGUGGAGGGGUGUGCAGCGGCUUAAACGGUGCUUUUCUCAAUGCAGAAACUUGUAUCCUCUCAUAUAAUGCAACUGGUAGCACAGGUUGGUAUGCCGUUGCUCUUCAAAUUGAAGAUUUCGCCUUUCAAAUAGGAACAUAUCCUCUCAGUAGCGUAUCGUUGCAGUUCCUUAUUUUUGUUUAUUCAUCUACUGAAAUGUGUGACAACAAACCAUCAAUAGAUACAUCUACAGACCAGGAUGGCGCAGUUAUUUUCAUUUUACCGAAUACAACAUAUUACAAGACAAUUAUAGCAAGCACAACUUCCAACCAUUCCAAGAUUUCAGCAAUAAACACGGUGUCACCAAUUGGAAUGAUAAAAUCAUCGUUAUUAAAGUAUGGUUCUUACGAAGACAAAUGGUAUGUUAAUGUAACUUGGACCCCCAAGGAAAUAGACAUCGGCAGUCACAUUUUCUGUUAUACGGCUUUUGAUACUACCAGACAGGCAUCUGACCAGAUAUGUGUAACAUUAAAAGUAAAUAACCAAUCAAACUUCUGCCACAUGGUUGUGGAUUCUUUUAAUACUAAAUGGAACCUAGCUAGAAUUGACACUAAUGUGUCUGCUCUAUGUAGUGGUGACUAUACUGGCACUGUUUCAAGAUACUGUAACACAAAAGGACGAUGGGAAGAAGCGGAUUACAGUAAAUGUACACAUAUAGCUAUCAAAAACCUACAAGAACAGUCAAGUAAUUUAGUUAAAGAAAACAGUACAGCUACAGUAGUCAACACAAUUCUCGAAGAUUUGAACGUUCUCACGAGGAAGAGUAAUAACGUAACAAGUGGAGAUUUAGUAACAUCUUCCAAUAUACUGACUGAUAUUGCAGGAUAUGUUGCAGGAAACACCGAUGCACUGUCUAGCAGUCAAAUAGAGAUAUUUGGAUCUCUUUGCAACAAUCUCCUUGAUGACAGUAAUGGUAGAAAUUGGGAACAGUUAAAACAAAAGGAUUCAAGUAGCAUUACUGGUUUAGUAAAAGCUGUUGCAGAUUAUAGCAAGAGUUUUACCAAUGUCUUGAACAGCGAAUUCAGCUUGACAAUACAAAAGGAAAACAUAAUUAUACAGUUAGGAAAGGUUAAGUCAACAGACAUAGUUGUUCCUGACAGAACGAAGACACUGGAAUCGUGGGUUUUAGAUUCGAUAAAUGAAAUUAGCAUGAGCCGGAAGUAUUUCGAUGGUUUGCCAAUCACUGGAUAUAGCAGUGCCUUUUACAGAAAUAUUUCAAAAUUACUACCAGAGUCACUUAAAUCAAACACUAGCUAUACGUACGACGUCAAUUCUAUCAUUGCCGACUUCUCCAUUGAGCCAACGCCAACUGAGAUGAAUUAUCAUGUAGUAAUUAAAUUCCAACAUAUUUCGGAGGACUAUUCUAAUCCAUUCUGUGGAUUUCUGGAUUUUAAUAUGCCAGGUUCUCCAAAUGGAGCAUGGUCUACGGUAGGUUCCAGAAUUGUUGAAUCUACACAUACCUAUACAAUUUGUGAAUAUAACCACACAACUAAUUUUGCGAUUCUAAUGAGUCCUGGAAAGACACCACGUUCUCACAGCUUCCCCCUAAGUGUGAUAUCAGCAGUUGGUUGCAGCAUUUCAAUUCUUUGUCUGACCAUAACAAUAAUUAUUCAUUAUAUCUUUUGGAGGCAUGUCAGAAGUGAUCGAUCAAAAAUUCUGAUAAAUUUGUGUGUUGCGUUAAUAACGUCAUACAUCCUGUUCUUGGCAGGUGUAACAAAAACUUCAAAUAAGGUUGUCUGUACUGCUAUUGCAGUCGCACUGCAUUACCUGUUCUUGCUAGACUUUGCCUUGAUGUUAGCAGAAGGCAUUCAAGUGUCAAUUAUGGUUGUUAUUAUUUUCCGAACAAAGUCAAUACUUCAGUGGCUGCUUCCAUUGUGCUAUAUUAUACCUGCUGUAAUUGUGAGCAUUUCUGCAGGAGUUACAAAGUUACAAGGAUAUGGUAACAGUCAGUUCUGCUGGCUGACCAUCGAAUCUAAACUUAUAUGGGCGUUUGUAGCACCGGCACUCUUCGUUGUCAUGACUAACAUAAUUAUCCUGAUAAUAAUGAUAUAUAAAAUUAUGACAAUCAGAGGACUGGCUGCAAAAACACUUAAACAAAAAUCAAAGGCAGGAAUUAAAAGUAUUUGCGUAAUUUUUCCACUAUUCGGAAUUACAUGGAUACUUGGCGCAUUUUCGGUGAACGAAGAUCUAGUAGUAUUUCAAUACUUAUUUGCAGUAUGCAACUCACUUCAGGGCUUUUUCAUAUGUUUGUUUCAUUGCUUUUUAAAUAAACAGGUUAGACAAGGAUAUGAACAUUACCAAAGACGGAGAAAGGCCAGUCGUUUGCUUGAGUCAAAAUCAUUUAGUAGUUCAGAUUUUCAAACAAGAAGGACACGUGAUAGCACUAAACACACCACUGAAAAUCGACGUAGGUCAGAUGAAGACGAAAUAUUAAAAGGUCGAAAUCAUCAUGCUAAUACUUUUUACACUCAGUCCAAAUUCUAUAAUCCUACUUUUGCUCAUUAAUUUCAUAAAUAGAUUGUAUGUAAAACAGAAAUGGAAUAUUAAAGAAUGUGACUGUAACAAUAAUCAUGGUAGCCAUCUGUUAAACAUAGGAAAGACUUUCGCAAAAUUUCUCAUAUGUUGAUGAGUUUCAUUAAAAUUAGAAUAAAGUAUAGUUGUGUGU